AUGUCCCGCUUCCACUUCCCUGUCAAGGAGCAGCCGCAGCACGUCCUGGACCUGAACCUCCCGCCCAACAUGUCCUGCACCCUCCUCCGGAAACGCAACAUCGCCAUUAAAGAGAUGCCUCUGCCGAUUCUCCAGCCAGACGGCGUUCUAGUCAAGGUCAUCGCUACCGGCAUCUGCGGCUCCGACAUGCACAACUUCCUCGCUGGCGGCGUGGGCGGCCGACCGCCCGCCAAGAACCUCGUGAUGGGUCAUGAAUCCUCCGGGGAGGUCAUCGCCAUCGGCGAGCUGGUCACGACGCACAAGGUCGGUGAUCGCGUCGCGAUCGAGCCUGGACUCCCGUGUCGUCGGUGUGUCAACUGCAAGAAUGGGCGGGUGAACAUCUGUCUGGAGAUGAAGUAUUGCGGUGCCCCUGGCUCGGUCGGGUCGUUGGCUAGGUUUCACGCCUUGCCGGCCGACAUGGCGCCCAAGAUCCCCGAUAACGUCUCGUGGGAAGAAGCAGGCAGUAUCCAGCCUCUCGCCGUCGGCGUCCAGAUCGGCAAGCGCGCAGAUAUCCGCCCUCACCAAACCAUCGCCAUUUUUGGCUGCGGUCCGAUCGGUCUCAUCACCGCAGCCGUAUCGCACGCCUACUCUGCCAGCAAGAUCAUCGCGUUCGACCACAACCCCGAGCGCGUGGCUUUUGCCAAAAAGUACAUCUCCCCCUUGACCGGCAAGCCCAUCAUCGACCACGUGUUCCUCACUGAGCCGCUGCCUACUACGCCCCCGACCGGUGCUGCGCAGCUCAACGGGCACGCCCACGGUAACGGUAAUGGUCACGCCCACGCCAAUGGCGACGCCGACGGCGACGGUGAUAGUCUUUCGGAGCGUAUCGGGGAGAACGGUUCUGGCGCUGGGAUCGGAGAUGGCGAGUUCCCGCCGGACGACGACCGCCACAUCCCCAUCGGGGACCAUAAAUGGGAAUGGGCCAAAUUACGCGCGGGGUCUUACCUCAAGCAAGCGGGGAUGAGCGGCGAGGACGGGGUUGACCGGGUUAUCGAAGCCACGGGGGCGGAGGAUUGUAUGAUGAUGGGUAUAGCGAUGGCCAAGCAAGGCGCUACGUACCUGGCCGUCGGACUAUCACACCAACAGUCCCACUGGUUCCCCACGCUCGCAGUGACCAACAAGGAGAUUGACGUCCGGGGAAUCACGCGCUACACGUCGAGCUGUUUCCCGUCCGCGCUCGAGAUGCUCUCGAGGGGGACCGUCGACUUGAAGUCACUCAUUACCAUUGCGUUUCCCCUGAGUCAGAGCCAGCAGGCGUUUGAGGCGGUCGCGAGUGGGAAGCAGAUGAAGGUUAUUAUUAAGAACCAGGAGGUUUAG